AGAGUCCCCAAGCCCACCGCCUCAGCCCCGCCCCGCCGCAAUAUAAGCCAAAACCCUAAAUCCCAACUCCCCUCUCUCUAGUUUCCCUUCGCCUUCUCCGAAGAGCGACCGCCUCCGCCGCCACCAUGCCGAAGCACUACCGGCCCGCGGGCAAGAAGAAGGAGGGGAACGCCGCGAAGUAUAUCACGAGGACCAAGGCGGUCAGCUACCUGCAGAUUUCUCUCGCGGUCUUCAGGAAACUAUGCAUUCUCAAGGGUGUAUUUCCCCGCGAGCCGAAGAAGAAGGUGGAAGGGAACCACAAGACCUACUAUCACAUGAAGGAUAUCGCCUUCCUGGCUCAUGACCCUUUGAUUGAGAAGUUCAGGGAAAUCAAGGUUCACAGAAAGAAAGUUAAAAAAGCUAUUGCUAAGAAAAACAGGGAUCUGGCAGACAGAUUGUUGAAUCGGCCACCAACUUACAAACUCGAUAGGCUUAUCAUUGAAAGAUAUCCAACUUUUGUCGACGCUCUUAGAGACCUGGAUGAUUGCCUAACGAUGGUGCACUUGUUUGCGGCAUUGCCUGCUGUUGAAGGUGAACGUGUGCAGGUACAGCGAAUUCAUAACUGCCGCAGGCUAAGCCAUGAAUGGCAAGCAUAUAUUUCUCGAACUAAUGCCCUGCGGAAGACAUUUAUAUCUGUCAAGGGUAUAUACUACCAGGCUGAAGUUCAAGGGCAAAAGAUUACCUGGCUAACUCCACAUGCUCUUCAGCAAGUUUUGACAGAUGAUGUCGACUUCAAUGUGAUGCUUACCUUUUUGGAAUUCUACGAGACUCUUCUAGGAUUUAUAAACUUCAAGCUUUACCAUUCAAUAAAUGUAAACUACCCUCCUAUACUGGAUCCUCGUCUUGAAGCUUUAGCUGCUGAGCUCUAUGCAUUGUCCCGAUAUAUGUCUUCUGGAAGACUGCCAGGAAAUCCGGAGACUAAUGGGUUAAUUAAAGACAAGGAAACUGAAAAUAAUGAAGAGGGCUCAAAAACUGUUGAGUCUGAACUCAGAUUAGCACAGCUUCAACAUCAGCUCCCAGCUAAUGAACCUGGCACAUUAAUGCAUCUUGUAGAAGAAUCAACUGCUGAUGAUACAGAGGACAGUACUGUUAAAGAGUGUAGGAGUUUAUUCAAAAACUUGAAGUUUUAUUUAAGUCGUGAGGUUCCUAGGGAGUCUCUCUUAUUUAUUAUUCCGGCAUUUGGUGGAACUGUUUCGUGGGAAGGAGAGGGGGCUCCAUUUGAUGAAACUGAUCAAGACAUCACCCAUCAGAUUGUUGACAGGCCAACCCAAAGUCAUGUUUUCCUCUCUAGGGAGUAUGUUCAGCCACAAUGGGUUUUUGAUUGUGUAAACAAUUGCAUAGUAUUGCCAACAGAAUAUUAUGUUGUUGGAAGGGUGCCUCCACCACAUUUAUCUCCUUUUGUGGACAAUGAUGAAGUGGGUUAUACUCCUGAGUUUGAAGAGAAGAUCCUUAAGAGACUGCGAGCUGCUUCUAAAGACAAGGUGUUGCCCUUGCCUGGUUUAGGUGAUGAAGAUCAGGAUAAUUCGAUGGUAGAUGCGAGAUCAGAGUAUAAUGAAGUUGCUGAAAAGAAGAGGAAGUUGGACAUGCUAGAGAAACAAUACCACGAAGAGCUGAAGAUGGAAAUUGAGGGAGAGACUUUCUCUAGUUUGGCAAAUAAGAAGGGGGAUAAUCCAACCCAUGCGGUGGAUAAUGAUGCUCAUGCAGCUAAUGAUCAAGUGGAUGAUCUAGUUGAACAAGCUAAGAAGGAUGAGGCUGAGAUGUCUAAGUCUUUCGUGUCUAACAAGACGGAAGGCCUUAUUAGAGCAAUUGAGAUUAACAAGGAGAGGAAAAGGAGCAACGUUGAAUUAUUAAAGGAAAGGAAAAGGAAAGCCAGUUCAAGUGCUUCUGCCAAACGUAAAUGAUGAAGCAAAUUCGUGAGGGGGCUUUGACGUAUCUGUUUCGAUGCACUUUUACCAGUCAAUAGCGCAGCACUGCAUUUGUAGAGUUGCUGCCAUGAUCAGCACAUCUGCAUGCUAAAUAUGCGUGAUAAGUAUUCACCCUUUUGGUAUCUAUGUUUUGUAUUUACUGGAUACCGAGAUACUUGAUAGUAAUCUUUGAUCUUUUUAAGUGACUACUAUUGUGCUCAUUGA